CGUUAUUCAGCAGCUGCUCUCAAACUGGAAAGUCCCUUACAGCCAGACAGCUUCCAGUCAGGAAUAAUGCUCUUUCCUUUGUCACUUGGUACCAGGGACUUGGAUAUUGUCUCCUAUUGGUUGUCUUAGUAGAUAUACAAUACUGUCAGAGCUUUUUAUUUUAUUUUUUUUUUCUCACAAAGGAAUAUCAUCCUUUGGAGUCGAGGCUCAUGUUAGCUUGCUAGCUUUUUGUGCGUGUAGCUGUUAGCCGAAGGAUGUUUUGUUGUUAAAGCAGGCAGCUCUCCCAUCGUCUGGGAGAGGAUAUUUAUUGGCUUUUAAUGGUCGGUUUGCUUCUGACCGUCUCUGUGUAAAGUGAGCCGUGAAAUCCACCGACACAGACCGGGGGUCCGGUUUGACAGAAGAGGAAGGAGAUGGGAAACUGUUUGAAAUCUCCGACCUCGGAUGAUAUAUCUUUGCUACAUGAAUCCCAGUUGGACCGGGCCAGCUAUGGAGACGGUACCGACCUGGAUCAGGAACCACCACCCCCCUAUCAGGAGCAGAUCCAUGUGCCUGUGUACCACCCGACGCCCAGCCAGGCCCGGCUGGCCACUCAGCUGACUGAGGAAGAGCAGGUCCGCAUUGCUCAACGCAUCGGACUCAUCCAGCACCUCCCCAAGGGUGUGUACGACCCGGGCCGUGAUGGCUCUGAAAAGAAGAUCAGAGAGUGUGUGAUCUGCAUGAUGGACUUUGUUUAUGGCGACCCCAUCCGGUUCCUGCCCUGCAUGCACAUCUACCACAUGGACUGUAUAGACGACUGGCUGAUGAGAUCUUUUACCUGCCCCUCCUGCAUGGAGCCUGUGGAUGCAGCGCUGCUCUCCUCCUACGAGACCAACUGAUGCCUAGACCAUGCUGGAUUGGCCAGAUCUCCACACACACACACAAAAAAAUCCCUCCUCACUGCUUACUUAUAUCCUGUAUUAGUAAUACGAUGAAAUUUAGGCCAUGAUUUCAGGAGAUAAAAUACUGGAUCAGUUUUGUUUCUGUGCAGAUAAAUGGACUUAAUAUCGAAGGCAUAUUAAUGCCUUCAUUUCCUCAGUGAGCCUGCAGGACAGGACUGAAUCUGAGAAAGGACUUAGGAAAUAAAGAUGAUGGUUCAGACAAGCAGGGGGGAGGCUGGGUGAGAGACAAGAUAGGGCCGAUCAAAAGAUAUGAUUAUGAAUAGGUUUUAAAUAUAUAUGCACAUACAGACUCUUGCACAGUUCUUUCACUUUACUUCCAGCCUCUGAAAUGUUCCCACCAGAAGUGAGAGGAGAUGGCUGACCUCCACUGGAGGGAUCAUCAUGUUUCCCAGACUGCUGGUAACUGAAGAAGCCCUUAGAUGAAAGAAACGUAAAAAAGAGAUGAACUUUGAGAAACUGAUGCAAAGAGUACCGCUGAGGUAACUCACGAGAGGAUGGGGCCUGUGCUCGUCUUCAGAAGCAGACGGGCUUAGUUUUGUUUGUCUGUAUGGAUAUCUUCUGUCUUUGAUGGGUUAAAGAUUUGAUUGACUUCU